AUGAAGUCCACCCUUGCGGCCGUGCUUUUCGCUUCCUUGACUGUUGGUGCCCACGCGGGUGCCCUCAGCCUCACGAUUCUCUCAAUGAACGACCAUCACUCUCAACUCGAAGCGAAGGAUUUCGACCUGACCGUGUCUGAUUCAACCGCCAAAGCCACCACUGGCGAGAAGGUUAACGUCGACGUAGGCGGCUUCCCCAUGACAGUCGCUGCGAUGAAUGCGGUGGAGACCGCGGAAGUGAGUGCUUCUCGAUCCGUGAUGAAGCUUCACGCGGGAGAUGCGAUCACUGGUGGUUCGUAUUACUCGCUCUUCAAAGGCGUCGCGGACGCGAAGAUGAUGACGCACGCUUGUUUCCACGCCAUGGCCAUCGGGAACCACGAGUUCGACGACGGCGACGCGUCGUUGGCGAAUUUUAUCGGCAACAUGACCAAUGCGACGCUGUGCUCCGCUGGCACGCAAGUGCUUAGCUCGAACGUCGUGGCCGGUCCCUCGUCUCCUCUGCUGAACAAAUACAACAAGUCGUAUACGUUCACUCUGGGCGGCGAACGCGUGGGUGUGGUCGGCGUGACGAUCAAAAAGAAAACCGAACAGUCGUCAUUCCCCGACGCGGGUACCACCGUGUCAGAGGAGAAGCGGCAGCGCAGGCAGCGAUCAAUGCACUCGUUAACUCGGGGGUUGAUAAGAUUAUUCUCCUGA